AAUCCCGCUCCCCGCAAACGUGCCGCAGAGCGCCAGCCCCGCUCUAAAAGCGGGGCGGUCAGCGCCGCACGUAAAGCAUGCUGGGAGUAGCUCUCUAGCCUCCCGGCAGUCCCUGCGACGGGCGUACGUAAGGAGCAGGCUGGCGACGGCCGUUCUCCGUAAGAUGGCGGACCGGCGGCGGCAGCGCGCUUCGCAGGAUACCGAAGACGAAGAGUCUGGUGCUUCCGGCUCAGACAGCGGAGGUUCCCCGGCACGGGGCGGCGGGAGCUGCAGCGGUAGCGCUGGAGGCGGCGGCAGCGGUUCGCUGCCUUCCCAGCGCGGAGGCCGAGCCGGGGCCCUUCAUCUGCGGCGGGUAGAGAGCGGGGGUGCCAAGAGCGCUGAGGAGUCGGAGUGUGAGAGUGAAGAUGGCAUCGAAGGCGAUGCUGUUCUCUCAGAUUAUGAAAGUGCAGAAGACUCAGAAGGUGAAGAAGGGGAAUACAGUGAAGAGGAAAACUCCAAAGUGGAGUUGAAAUCAGAAGCCAAUGAUGCUGUUAAUUCGUCAGCAAAAGAAGAAAAGGGAGAAGAAAAGCCUGAGAGCAAAGGCACUGUGACAGGAGAGAGGCAGAGCGGGGAUGGACAGGAGAGCACAGAGCCUGUGGAGAACAAAGCGGGUAAAAAGGGCCCCAAGCAUUUGGAUGAUGAUGAAGAUCGGAAGAACCCCGCAUAUAUCCCUCGGAAAGGGCUCUUCUUUGAGCAUGACCUUCGAGGGCAAACUCAGGAGGAGGAAGUCAGACCCAAGGGGCGUCAGCGAAAACUCUGGAAAGAUGAGGGUCGCUGGGAGCAUGACAAGUUCCGGGAAGAUGAACAGGCUCCAAAGUCCCGACAGGAACUCAUUGCUCUUUACGGCUAUGACAUCCGUUCAGCUCACAAUCCUGAUGACAUCAAACCCCGAAGAAUCCGGAAACCCAGGUUUGGGAGUCCUCCACAAAAAGAUCCAAGCUGGAUUGGUGAGCGGUCAAUCAAGUCCCAUCGCCACCAGGGUCCUGGGGGCACCCUACCGCCAAGGACAUUUAUCAAUAGGAAUGCUGCAGGAACUGGCCGCAUGUCUGCUCCCAGGAAUUACUCGCGAUCUGGGGGCUUCAAGGAAGGUCGUGCUGGUUUUAGGCCUGUGGACGCUGGUGGGCAGCAUGGUGGCCGUUCUGGUGAGACUGUUAAACAUGAGACUAGUUACCGGUCACGACGCCUAGAACAGACUCCUGUGAGGGAUCCAUCUCCAGAAGCAGAUGCUCAAGUGCUUGGCAGUCCUGAGAAGGAAGAGGCGGCCUCAGAGAUACCAGCUCCUGUUCCUGACACUACGCCACCAGCCCCUGACAGGCCUAUUGAGAAGAAAUCCUAUUCCCGGGUGAGAAGAACCAGAAUCAAAGCUGGAGAUGCAGUGAAGGUUGCAGAGGAGGUGCCCCCUGCACCCGAAGGGCUGACCCCAGCACCUCCAGUUCCAGAAACUGCUCCUCCUCCACCUGCUAAGACUGGGAACUGGGAGACUCCAGUGGAUUCUACUACAGGUGGACUUGAGCAGGAUGUGGCACAACUAAAUAUAACAGAACAGAAUUGGAGUCCAGGGCAGCCUUCAUUUCUGCAACCACGUGAACUUCGGGGUAUUCACAACCAUAUACACAUGGGAGCAGGACCUCCACCUCAGUUUAACCGGAUGGAAGAAAUGGGUGUCCAGGGUGGGCGAGCCAAACGCUAUUCAUCUCAGCGGCAAAGACCUGUGCCCGAGCCGCCUGCCCCUCCUGUGCAUAUCAGUAUCAUGGAAGGACAUUACUAUGAUCCGCUGCAGUUCCAGGGACCAAUCUAUACCCAUGGUGACAGCCCUGCCCCACUGCCUCCUCAGGGCAUGAUUGUGCAGCCAGAAAUGCACCUUCCCCACCCAGGUUUACAUCCCCAUCAGACACCAGCACCUCUGCCCAACCCCGGCCUCUACCCCCCGCCCGUGUCCAUGUCUCCAGGACAGCCACCGCCUCAGCAGUUGCUUGCUCCUACUUACUUCUCUGCUCCAGGCGUCGUGAACUUUGGUAAUCCCAGUUAUCCUUAUGCUCCAGGGGCACUGCCUCCCCCACCACCGCCUCAUCUGUAUCCCAAUACGCAGGCCCCAUCGCAGGUAUAUGGAGGAGUGACUUACUAUAACCCCGCCCAGCAGCAAGUGCAGCCAAAGCCCUCCCCACCCCGGAGGACUCCCCAGCCAGUCACCAUCAAGCCCCCACCACCUGAGGUUGUAAGCAGGGGUUCCAGUUAAAUCUAACAUGAUAUAAAAUCAGAACAGAAGAGAUGAGAAACCAGGGAAGAAGAGAGCUACAACUGGCUGUCUACUACCAGGAACGCUUCAAAGGUAGAGGGUGGCUCCUGCCAGCAAGCAGCUGAAUGAAGAGGACCCCUGUGUUCCUCUGAGGACAGGCUCUGUUAGACAAAGGGACAAACACGUGGACUUCUCCUCAUCUCCACUCUUUGAAUUGGCUGUGCUCAGAGAAGCAGAGAUAUAGACAGCCCAAGCUUCUGAGUCGACAUCUAGAAGCCCAGGUCUUUGGCUUUUCUUCACUUUCUCUUUGGAAAUACAAGUGUCUUCAGCUCCCAGGGAAGGAGGCUCCUUCCUAUUUGUUUUGUUUUCUAAGGUGUUUGUUUUUAAAGCCUGGCUUGCCAUUCGUAAAUUAACGUUCUUUUCAUCUCAAUCAGUAUCUCCCUUCCCCCUCUCCUUUACUCCCUCCCCCGCUCCUUUUAAAUCAGCAAGUUCAUUUUUCUGGUUUGCUAGCUCCUUUGGUUCACUUUUUGUUCUUUCCUGCACAGCUACUCUUUUCCCACCAAGUCUGCAAAGAGUUGGCCUUUCAUUUUUGGUUGGCUUUUGUUAUUAUAUACUUGGAUUCUCUUAACUCCUCUAACUCGAUGGAAAUAGCUGUCUGCACCGAGUGUCCCACUGUGGAGGAAAGCUCAAAGUGUGUGGCAGGAACCCUUUUUGAUUUCGGUUUUUAGGAGUCUGAGCCUCCAUCAGUUCCUGUACACUGAUAGGGUUCAGGCCUCUACUGAAGACAGUGUCUCUGCAGUAGGGAAGGAUGGCAAACCAGAUGUUUUUGUGAGAUAAGGAGGUUGCAGUGAGAGCCUUUGCACCUUAGGGAUGUGUAUUCACACAGUCCUCAGGGCUCAGUCUUUGAGGUAAGUGGAAUUAGAGGGCCCUGCCUUUCUUUUCUCCAUCCCUCCUAUCACAGCCCUUUUCCAGUUGCUGUGGACCAAUGCAUCUCUGGAGGCAAAUAGUAUACAGCAAGCAGUCUACCCUGCCCUUCGUAAUAGGUCUUCUCCGUGUCUCUCCUGCUAUAAGUGUUUAGAUGUUACUACCUUAUUUUCCUCAAGUUCUACUGUCCUUGCAAAUAGAAGAUACCGCACCUGGGCUUAAGGCCUAAGGAAGCCAGUCGCUUUGGGGGCAAGGGCUCCCCUCUCCUUUCCUCCCUAUCCAUGACGCUGAACCACUCCUCUGCUGCCUCUGUGGAAGAGAGUCCUAUUGCAGCACUUUUGUCUGCCAGGGGUAACUGUCCCUGUCUUUCUAUAGAACCUGAGGGAGAAGGUGACAACUGUGUCCCCAAGUAAUGUCACUAUUUCUCUUCCUUCUCUUGCGCAGCUGGCCUGACCACUCUGAGUCACAGGUGUGGUGGGGAGGUGGGAGAGGCACUCAAGCUGUAACCCUCAGGAGGAAAUAACUAAGAGAUUCUUCCAAGGGCAGCUGGUGGUUGUGCCUUUUGUAGGCUGUUCCCUUUGCCUUAAACCUGAAUAUGUCUCUCCUCAAGCCUGUGGGCAGCAUGCCCGGAUUCCCAGACCUUAAGACACUGUGACAGUUGUCUCUGUUGGUUUGCUGUGUUUCGUUGCAAGAAUUUCUCCAUGUGUGUUGUUUUUGUUACAGUUUUAAAGGGUGCAUAUUUGUGAUCAGCAUUGUGACUUGAAGAUAAUAAAAUUUAGACUGUAAACUUGG